GUUAUGCCUGAGCCAGCUAAAUCAGCUCCUGCUCCGAAGAAGGGCUCUAAGAAGGCGGUAACUAAGGCGCAGAAGAAGGAUGGUAAGAAACGCAAGCGCAGCCGCAAGGAAAGCUAUUCUGUUUACGUGUACAAGGUACUGAAGCAGGUCCACCCUGAUACUGGCAUCUCAUCUAAGGCUAUGGGUAUAAUGAAUUCUUUCGUCAACGACAUCUUUGAACGCAUUGCUGGUGAGGCUUCUCGCUUGGCGCAUUACAACAAGCGCUCAACCAUUACGUCCCGAGAGAUCCAAACGGCUGUGCGCCUGCUGUUGCCUGGAGAGCUUGCCAAACAUGCUGUGUCGGAGGGUACCAAGGCCGUAACCAAGUAUACCAGCUCCAAAUGA